CGAGCCUCGCCGUCGCCGUUAAAGCGGCUAUGGAAGUUUCCCGUUUAGGCCAGCAAGCGACAGUGAGGCUGAGUCUGUUCCAACAGGCGCAGAUCGAUAUUAAGUCAGUAUGAAGAUGGCUUUAGAACCAUGUAUAUUGGCAUCAGCAUGCUUGUUCAAGUGUGCUGGUAGACAUAGCCCACCCCGCUAGUUCGUGCAAAGUUUAUGAUUAAACCGGAUAGAUCUUGUAUUUUCUACUUUCACCAACCAAGAUGCAUCCAAGUAGCGGCCUUCGCGGCACAACAGAAUAAGAGCAGAAACUACAGAGUAACCAAAGGCAGCUUUCAAAUCGACAUUUUUCCUUAAAACACGCGCGGACCUGCCAAAAGCUGUGCUUAUAUAAUACUAUCACGUGACUGUCCCACUAUCCGCCAAACAAACUGAAAACGAUUUUGCGAUUUGCAAGGAUCGAAGACGCUGAACGAAGACAAGCAGACGACAAGCCGCCGCAGAACAGACUGAUCAAUCGCCUUUGACGCCCUGCCUUCACUCGGGAAUAGCUCAUCUUCACCAGCGGGCUCCCUUUUCAGCUUUUCCCUCCGCCGCGAGGACCGUCAACUCCAAGCCAAUCUUAACUUAAGCUCACAAUCACCUUCUUUUAGCCCUCUCUGACGCACAAGUUCGACCUGCGCACCAGCGCCCCCCGCCAACAUGUCGCUCACCAACUGUCGCUUCUACGAGGAGAAGUUUCCGGAGAUUGAUAGCUUUGUCAUGGUCACCGUCAAGCAGGUGAAUAGAAUCCCCACGUUUUUGAUGCUCGCGGAGAGGGAGGGAGGAAAUUUGACGAUGAUGCUAAUAGUGGCUUAUCACUGAUUAGAUUGCGGAGAUGGGUGCAUAUGUCAAGCUGCUCGAGUACGACAACAUCGAUGGCAUGAUCCUACUCUCCGAGCUGUCGAGGCGACGUAUCAGAAGUAUACAAAAGCUUAUCCGAGUCGGACGUAACGAGGUCGUCGUUGUUCUGCGAGUAGACAAGGAGAAAGGUUAUAUCGAUCUUUCGAAACGUCGAGUGUCACCUGAGGAUGUCGGAAAGUGUGAGGAACGAUAUAACAAGAGCAAGUCGGUACACUCUAUCAUGCGUCACGUUGCCGAGAAGACAAAGACCCCAAUCGAAGAGCUUUACCAGCAAAUUGGAUGGCCCCUGAAUAAGAAAUACGGACAUGCCAACGAUGCCUUCAAGCUGUCUAUCACUAACCCUGCCGUAUGGGACGACGUUACCUUCCCGAGCGCCGUGGUCAAGGACGAACUCAUCUCCCACAUCAACAAGAGACUUACCCCUCCACCAACUAAAGUCCGUGCCGACAUCGAAGUGACUUGCUUUGGAUACGAUGGCAUUGACGCCGUGAAGGACGCCCUCCGUGCUGCUGAGGCUGUCAGCCCACAGGUAAAGGUCAAGCUCGUGGCGCCCCCGCUAUACGUCCUGACGAACCACUGCCUAGACAAGACUCAGGGAGUCAAGCUGCUAGAGGAGGCGAUUGAGAAGGUACAGGAGAAGAUAAAGUCCAGCGGAGGUUCCUGCGUCAUCCAGAUGGCACCCAAGGCUGUCACAGAGCAAGAUGAUGCCGACCUGCAAGCUCUCAUGGAGAAGAGGGAGCGCGAGAACCAAGAAGUCAGCGGAGACGAGAGUUACAGCGAGAGUGACGAGGGCGUUGUCGAGUAAAAAACAAACCCAAAAUUGUACAGUCUUCCAAGCCGUCUUGCCAGCCUCUUUUCUCUCCCCCCCCCCCCAAAUGCCUUCUUCUCUUUUCUUUUUCUUAUGUCUGGAUUACCAGUCUGCCGCUUUAGAAUAUGGACCGUGGGAUAUAAAAAGCAACAAUUUGGGCAAAGCAUGAAUGCGCUGCCUGGCUUUCAACCAGAGCAUGUCAAGAAAGCAAACGAGCAUGAAAUGAACACCUACUUCAGCAUUUACCACGAAGACUCCUCCGCAACGAGCUGAUGACUGGCCUUUGUCUUUGAUAACUAGGGGAGAGAAGUACGAAGGCAGCUCUUGGCCGGCACCCGUAGAGACCUCCCUCACGCCAAUC